UGCACCCUUCAAUCGCCUCUUCCUCGUCCUCGAGCCUCUCUCCGUCCGCGUACGGACUAUACUCUGGCCAACCCGCUUAUACAAUAUACACAAACCCUAUUUUCUCACGAUGAUCCGCAGGAACUGAUUCUAACGCCUCCUACAAAAGACCAGAAGUUGAUUCCACUCUCUACUGCAUCUACCGACAGCAACUCGGGUCGGCAGCUUGUCAUCGACUAUAUUCCAGCGAGGGAGCAAGUUGACAUCGAUCAGACUGUAAAAGAUGUCCGAAAUUUGGCGCGCGUUCUCUCCAAUGUUGACCCGGAGCUUUUUGGCUUUCUUCCCUGUCACAGUGCCAUCCAAUAUCGUGACCCAUGGACUCAAAAGAUCACCGGUUUUAAUAGGGAUUCCCUAUCCCGGAGAAGCUUACGCAUGCACGACCUAGAAGCCUUCGUUAUCUCCUUUCAAUAUCACCAACGUGCCAUUCCCUGA